AUGGAGAAAUUAGGGGUUGCCACAAGUACAACGGACAGGGUUAGCGAUCACAUAUGUGAUGAUGUUGCUUUGGUUAUUCUCUCAAAAUUACCUCUCAAAUCUAUCUUUCGAUUUUGUUGCAUACGCAAAUCAUGGUCUCCAUUGUUUGAAAACCCUUAUUUCAUGAACAUCUUUCGAAGAAAUUUCUUAUCCAAUGAUCAUUCAUAUUACAACGAUACAUCUCUCCUCUUACAUACCUCGCAUGUCAAUUGGAAUUAUGAACCUGUGUUGUAUUCUCUUUCUAGUGAGAGGUUUGAUAAUAAGGUCAAAUUAGAUUGGCCAAAUCGAUUUGAGGAGGAGUUUGAAGUUGGUAUUUAUGGUUCUGUUAUUGUUAAUGGAAUUCUUUGUUUUGCAGCAUGGAGAGUUGAGGAAGAAAUUCAGAGAGUUGUAUUGUGGAAUCCGGCUACCAGUGAAUUCCAAGUUGCUCCUCUACAUCGUUUAGCAUAUGAAAGUCCUAAUCAUAUAUUCGUGAUUCGUCUUCGUGGAUUUGGUUAUGACAAAGAUAGAGAUGAUUAUAAGGUGAUUCAACAUGUAUCAUUUCAUCCUAUAAUAAGGGAUGAAGAUGGUGGACGUUACCCUUUUUGGGAGAUAUAUUGUCUAAAAAAUAACUAUUGGAGACAACUUGAUCUUGAUCAUAUGCCUACACAAUAUAAUAAUGACGUGGGAGUUCAAGUAUACACGGAUGUAGGGGGUGGCAAAAAAAUCCGUACCCGCGGGUAUCCACGGAUAAAAUCUGUCAUGGGCACGGAGCGGGUAGCUAAACGGGUACCCGCGGGUAUAAUAAACGGGUAUUUAGCUACCUGUUACUUUAUGGACACGGACACAGAUUUGAUGAUAUCUGUGCCCGCGGGUAUCCAUACCCGUUAA